UCCGGGGAUGUGGAGAUACGGGAUGAUCUUCUGACUUUCUUUCUAUGUCAUCCAUUUUUCACUAAGCAAUAUACAGAUACUAAAUGUUUUCUUGGUGCAUAUAUAAAGGCUGUCGCAAUCCUUGUAGAGUCGCCAGGACUCACAUCCACCUAUAUCAUCAUCUCCUUGAAGCUCUUAAACCACAUUUCUCAACACCAUGUCCGUUCUCGUUGCUACCCGAGUUGGCGGUUGGCUGCCCCGCGACAAUCGAGUCCUCCAAAGCUGGCUCGCGAAAAAGAUCGCUCAAGUUGCUGCAGACCCGCAGCCAUUCCAGCCCGUCAUCCAAGAAUUCCAGAACCUUAUUGAAACCGACGCAGAGAUUUACAUGGACUUCCAUCAGAUGUUCGACCAAGUGCCGACCAAGCCCCCUUACGAUAAUGAUCCAACCGGACAACCACAGGUUCGUGAUUACAUGACCAUGUUGUCUCUGUUCAACCAAAUCAUUACCGAAGCCCCCGACUUCGAGGAAUCGGAAUACGAAGUCGGCUUGGUCGGGUUCCCAAUCAACGCCAUCCUUGACUGGCCUAUGGGUACACCCGCCGGCCUCACCGCGUUCGUCAACGACAAGGUGAACGCGCAGUUCAAGAAGAUGUUUGACGUCUGGACGGCCUUCCUCACGUCGUCAGCUUCGUGCUACGUCCUCACCACCGACACUACCGGCUGGUUCGGCCCUGCAGCCAGUGCUGCGAUGCCCAACUUCACUCAGACGUACGUGUGCGACCCCAACGCGCAAUAUUACGGAUUUAAAUCCUGGGACGACUUCUUCACCAGGCUCUUCCAGCCUGGUGUCCGUCCCGUCAUGUUCCCCGAUGACGACAGUAUCGUCAUCAGCGCUUGCGAAUCUACCGUCUACAACACGGCCGUUAACAUUAAAGCCCUCGACACCUUCUGGCUUAAGGGAGAGCCGUACUCGCUCAACCACAUGCUCAACAACGACCCCCUCGCCCCCCAGUUUGUCGGUGGGACCGUCUACCAAGCCUUCCUCAGUGCCACCAAGUACCAUCGCUGGCAUAGCCCUGUUAACGGUACCGUUGUGAAGACCGUCAUGGUCGCAGGCACAUACUACGCCGAGAGCCCUGCGAUGGGAUUCCCGAACCCCGACCCCGCCGCCCCCGACCUCUCGCAGGCGUUCAUCACCGCCGUGGCUGCUCGCUCGCUGAUCUUCAUCCAAGCCGAUAACCCCAGCAUUGGUUUGAUGUGCUUCAUAGCUGUGGGGAUGUCGGAGGUGUCGACGUGCGAGGUCACUGUUCAGGAAGGUCAGGUUCUCAAGAAGGGCGACGAGAUGGGCAUGUUCCACUUUGGAGGGUCUACGCACUGUCUCAUCUUCCGUCCUGAGACUAGUGUUACGUUCAACCCUGACUAUCCUAUUGGUACGGAUGUCUUGCUCCAUGCUCCGAUUGCGACCAUCGCUUGAGGUUGGCGGUAUGAAGGUUUACACGAUGGUGAUAUGAAUUGUACGAAUAGCAAGUAGUUGUUCUAUGCUCUUAUUCUCUUUUGUACGUUUCGAUGCUUGAAAUAAAGUUG